AUCAUCAUCAUCAUCCGCGCACACACACACACACACACACACACACGCUGAGCAGUUCCGCCUUCUCCCCGCCGACUUUUCCGCAUGUCACAUUUACAGCACAAGCUCGCUAAAUUACUGCGCAGCACCAUGAAGCAGGACUCGUGAUUUGACAAGUUAAAGGGGACUAAAAUGCUUGCAACUCCUGGUUUAGCGGACAAUUGAUUCACACUUUGCAAGGAAUAAUAUGAGUAUUAGCCUCUAACCAUACCCUACAAGGUGGACUAACAAGGUAUCUUACAGAUAUCAAAGGAGCACGAUGACAAAAAGGCAGCACACAUGAUACACGAUGUCACCAAAGGCCGAACAUGCCAGGACGUAAGGGCAAGGCGCUCUGCGGCAGAGCCGUGCACUGAGCUCUACCCUCAGCUGUUCACUCCAUAGAUCUUCCACACCCCACACAUAAUCUCCAAAAUCCCUCCACCUGCCCGACAGCAAGAGGUGAAAAUGGCCACUCAGAGGAAGCACUUAGUCAAGGAGUUCAACCACUUCAUCACUUGUUAUGUGUGUAAGGGCUACCUGAUCAAGCCCACCACCGUGACAGAGUGCCUGCAUACCUUUUGUAAAAGUUGCAUCGUCCAGCAUUUUGAAGACAGCAACGAAUGUCCGAAAUGUGGUAUCCAAGUCCAUGAAACAAACCCACUGGAAAUGUUAAGGUUGGACAACACAUUAGAAGAAAUCAUAUUCAAGCUUGUGCCUGGACUUCGGGAAAAGGAACAACAACAGGAGAUUGAAUUCUGGAAAAAGAAUAAGUCAAAAGAAAACAAUGAGGAUGACGGCCCAGAGUGUAAGAGGAUGAAGGUGGAUGAGGACAUUGAUGAUGGAGGGGAUGGAAACUACCACAGGAACGACCCACAGAUUGCAAUCUGCCUGGACUGUCUGCGCAACAACGGCCAGAUAGGAGAGAACAUAGUUAAGGGCUUAAUGAAGAAAUUUAUUCGCUGCUCAACUCGUGUCACUGUAGGAACAAUCAAGAAGUUCUUAAGUCUAAAGUUAAAGCUUCCAAGUUCUUAUGAGCUAGACGUCCUAUGCAACGGAGAGAUUAUGGGAAAAGAUCACACCAUGGAGUUCAUAUACAUGACGAGGUGGAGGCUUCGAGGUGAAAAUGCCUACCCAAUGGUACUGGAAUAUCGUCCUCGUAUUGACUUUGGCUAACCCGGUUGAGGCCCCUGCACUUUUCUUGGCCCAGCAAAAGACGGAACAGUGAAUGGAUAUGCUGCAAAGGAGGGACUUAAUCACACCAUAGUUUUUCAUUCAUUCGAGUUCUUUCUUUCAUAUUUCCUUAUAUGUUCUAAAACUUCCUCAUUCAUCAGACUUCUCGUCACAGCCUGGACUGUAGCUGUCUGAACGCGUGUGUAAUCCCACCCUACCUUGGCAUGUGUGCGUCGUUCCGUUUGUUGGUCUACCAGAAGAACUGUUCUAUGGACCCAAGGAAAUUCACAUGCCAUGAGAUAAUUGCUCAACAAGUGUGUUCAAUUAUCAUGACAGCUUUUUUUGUAUCAGUAGUUAAAGUAGUGCCUUUUCUGAACAUCCUGUUUUUGCUGAUCUCAAGAGCCUUUUUUAAUCAUAGCCAGUAAGGAAAUACACAAUAGCGUCUUAUCAGUUCCAAGCAUCCUUUGUUAUUAUUAAAAUAAGCUACAUGUUUUUCUGUCUUUAACUGAACCAUAAAGGACAGCAGGGUAUACGGUGGCCCGACAUUUGUUCCAACAACGUCUUUGUACAUAGAAGGAAGCCUUACUAGGAGCAGUGAGGAAAGCACUGAAAUCUUGCACUAGAUUUACUGAUGAAACGCUGCUUUGUUAAAAGUGAAUCUGGAUCCUGGAAAUCCACAUGUAUUAAAAGUGCUUGCAAAUGUACAAAAUAAAUAUCUAUAUUAUUUUAAAUA